UAUAGUCAUAUUUUCAUAUUUAUUAUUAGUUAAUUCUAAUAAAGUGUUCUUCUUCUCUCUUAUUUAUUCCUACUUAUACUAGUUUCUUUUCAUUCAACAAUUUAGGGCUUAAACUUGAGAAAAGAAAAGAUGAAUAGAGUUAGAAAGUGUUGUGUUGUGAUAACAACAUUGUGUGUGUUUUUGAUGUUGUUUACAAACUCCAUAGUUGGAGAAAAAAGUAGUAGUAUAAGUGAUGAAGAGUGUGAAGUGAAACCCAUUAAAGCAUCUUUAACACAAAGAAUCACAAGUUUACUUUUUGUGUCUUCAUCAUCAUUAUCAUCACCAACAACAACUUCUUCUUCUUCUUCUUGGGAUAAGCUUAAAACACUUCUCAAAAAUCUUCACACCCACUUCUUCCCUCCUAAUCUUGAUUUCAGAGGUGGUGAAGAAAUUAGAGGGGUUAGUAGUAAUAGUGUUGGUAGUAAUGGUGAGAAUGUGAAAGGAGCUAUGGGAAAAAGCUUUGAGAAAGGUAUUGAAACUGUGGAAAUGUCUGCAAAAACAGCUGCAAAAAUUGCUGAAGAAACUCUCAAAAUUACCAAAGACAAAGUCAAAAACACCUUCUCUAAAGAUCAUAAUAAUAAUAAUAAUGAUCAACAAUCUGAGCUUUGAUCUUUUUUUUACUUUUUACUUUUACCUUCUUUGGGUUAUUUUCAUCAUAGUGAUUAGCUCUCUUCUUUGUUUGAUAUAUUUAUUGUAGUUUUAAUUUCACUUUUUUUUUGGAUUUUGUUUAUGAGUUGAAUUUAAGUCAUUUGGUGUAAUUUAGAAUUUAUAAUAACUAAGGAUGAAGUAUUUGAUUGGUAAAUGAAAGUAAAAAUAAAAUAAAAUAAAUGUGUAAUAAAAUAAUUUGGUUUGUAUUA